AUGCCCAAUGAUAAAUGGAUAGCCGAUUUGAAAACCGUGCUUCAAGUUGCUAAAGCACGUCUCGAUGUACGUGAAAAGAAGAAAACUGAACAAGUAGCAAAAGAACGAUAUGUUGUUGCUGAUUAUAUUCGCAACAAUAAAGUUCCUCGUGCUCGAAUUGCUGUUGAACAUCUCGUUCGCGAAGAUUACAAAAUUGAAGCAAUGGAUCGUGUUGAAGCUUAUCUUGAUACGCUUCUUAUGAGAAUGCAAUUGAUCAAAGAUCGUCCAAAAAAUGGUUCUGUUGAUCCAGCUAUAGAACAACCAUUAGCGAAUGUUUUAUGGGCUGCACCAUUUCUUACACAAGAUAUUCCUGAACUUGGUCAACUAACUCUAAUGUUUAAAAAACAUUUUGGACCAGAAUAUGUCGCAAUGUGUGAACAAAAUAAAAUUGGAAUGGUUGAUGUUGAUCUUUUACGUUGUUUAAGUUGCGAUCUUAUUCCGAAAUUACUUAUUGAAAAAUAUUUAGUGGAAAUUUGUCGAAGUCAAAAUGUUCCAUUUGAACCCGAUUCAACUAUCAUGGCUCAGGAUGAAUUUUGGACGAUUGGACAACGUUAUGUUCAAUCAACACCUACUACUGAUGAAAAAAAAUUACCACCACCACCACCGGCAUCAUCAGGUGGAGGAGCUUCAUCCGCGGGUGGUAGUGGCGGUGGUGUUGGAGGUCGUAUGGAAUAUCCAGUUGUUCCAUCAGCUCAACCAAGUGCACCUAUGUAUGAUAAACCACCUCUGGCUUAUGUAGGUCCUCAACCUCAAUAUCCAAACAUUAAUUUUGCGCCAUCAAUACCACCCCCAUCGUCAUCCUCAAAUGCACCACGUCUUGGUUUCAAUAUGGAUCACAGCCCUAAAGUACCAUUUCAUGAUCCAUUUCCGCAAGUUCCCAAUUCAAAUGAUCAAUCAACACCUCCUGCUCCUCGUGGAGGUUCAGAUGAUCCUGGUUUUGAUGAUUUAGCUCGGCGAUUUGAAGAUUUAAAAAAUCGAAAAUAA